AUGUCGGCUUUGCGGGAGCGCGUACACCACGUCCACGCAGAGAUCAAGAAUAAGACAACACGAGACGGUUGGGUACUGGAAAAACAAGAUUCCAGUUGGGCUCCUGCCGGCACGUGGUCCAAUGCCGACCUCGACAUAACCCCAGUAGACAGGCGGACUUGGACGAGCUGGACCAUCUUCGGGUACUGGUUCAGCGACAUCAUCAGUAUUCAAAGCUGGCAGACCGGCAGUACCAUCCUGGCGGUUGGUCUGACAUGGCGCGAGGCUGUUUUUGCGAUCAUCUUUGGCUCAUUCGUGAUGGGAGUGCCGAUGGCCUUGAACGGAUACACGGGUGCAAAGACACACGCACCAUUCCCCAUCCUCGCGCGUGCAUCCUUUGGAUACCAUCUGGCCAAAUUCCCUGUUGUCGUCCGUCUCAUCACAGCUCUUUUCUGGCAUUCAAUCACCAAUUUCCUAGGCGUUGGGCCGACAAUUCAAGUCAUACGAGCAAUCUGGCCGUCCUUCAGGACGUUGCCCAACCACCUUCCAGAGUCAGCCGGCAUCACAUCGCAACAGAUGAUCGCUUAUUUCGUGCUCUGGGUCGUGCAGUUCCCUCUGCUGAUGAUUCCCCCGCAUAAAAUGCGAUGGUUGUUCACCGUCAAGAUCAUCAUGGCCAUGAGCACAAUUGUAGGCAUGACGAUAUGGAUAUGCGUCAAGGCUGGCGGCAGUGGGGACAUUUGGGACCAGCAGCCCCAAGUCUCAGGCUCAGCGAAGUCCUGGUUGAUCAUGUGGUCUCUCAACAGCUGUACUGCAUCUUGGAGCACCGUUGGCGUAAACAUCCCCGAUUUCACGCGCUAUCUGCACAAGCCUCGAUCUGCAUUGCAGCAAGCAGCCUGGUUCCCUCUGAUCUGCAGUUGGGUUGCAGUCAUCGGUAUCGUCGUGACUUCCGCGUCCUACGUGCUGUACUCGGAAUAUAUAUGGGAUCCGAUUGCCAUAAUUGACACAUGGGAUGGGGCGGGUGGUCGCGCCGCUGCAUUCUUCGCCGGACUCUCCUGGGUCCUUGCUCAGAUCUGUGUCAACGUGUCAGCCACUGUGAUCUCGGGCGCGAAUGACCUGGCAAAUCUUUUUCCAAAGUGGUUCAAUAUUCGACGGGGCGCCAUUUUCAUCACGAUUAUUGGCGGGUGGGCCAUGGUGCCGUGGAAGAUUCUGCAUUCGGCGAGCUCGCUUUUGAGCUUCAUGGGAUCACUGGCCAUCUUCUUGUCGCCUAUGAUGGCCAUCCAAAUUGCAGACUUCUUCGUUAUAAAGAAACAAAACCUGGACCUUCCAGCCCUGUAUCAGCCACAAGGGCGUUACCGCUAUGUCUUUGGCGUGAACUGGCGAGCUCUGUUCGCUCUUGGCGCUUCGAUCGUACCUUGCCUGCCGGGUCUGGCAUACAACGUCAAUCCGAAUGUUGAAAUCGGUGGAGCCGCAUAUUUGAUCCAAUUUAACUGGUAUUACGGAUUCUUCGUCGCCUUUGUCUGCUAUAUCGCAACUAGCCUGCUGUUCCCUGCGAACGAGACGCUUGUGCCUUGCAUGAUCGAGACGAAUGACCAGGGGGGCCUGGAGAGCAUUGAGAUAGAGAAAGGGUUGAGUGUCGUGACUGCGAAUGAGCGGCAGAAUGAUCAGUAG